AUGGGUAAUGCAGUAAUGGAGAGCACAGCGGUAAACUCAAGGCCACGGGCAUGUGUCUCCCAUAGGUUGGCCGGCUGCGGCCUCACGGCUGAAGCCUGCAAGGACCUUGCCUCUGGGCUGAGCGCCAGCCAAACCCUGGUGGAGCUAGAAUUGAGCUUCAACAUGCUCCUGGACACUGGAGCUGAGCACCUUUGCCAGGGCCUGAGACAGCCAAGCUGCGAGCUGCGGCGACUGUUGCUGGUCAGCUGCGGCCUCACGUCCGGCUGCUGCCAGGACCUGGCCUCCGUGCUCGGGUCCAGCCCCAGCCUGACCGAGCUAGACCUGCAGCAGAACAAGCUGGAUGACCUCGGCAUGAGGCUGCUCUGUGAAGGGCUCAGACAGCCUACCUGCCAACUCACACUCCUGUGGUUAGAUCAGACCCAGCUGAGCGAGCAGGUGACAGAGACGCUGAGGGUCCUGAAGGAGGAGAAGCCUCAGCUGCGCAUCUCCAGGAUACGCCCCAGGGGGCCGGGGGCGGCCAGGCAGGAGACUCUAAAGCUGGCCACUGCCCUGUCUGUUCCAGAGGGAAGCGCCCCUCAAGUAGCACAGGUGGAACCCUUCUGUCUGUCGUCUCCUGCCCCUCUGGGGGACUGACCCACGGAGUCUCUGGGGACCGAGGAUGACUUCUGGGGUCCCCCAGGGCCUGUGGCUACCGACGUAGUUGACAAACAGAGGAGCCUUACCGUCCACUUCCCCAUGGCCGGCUUCUACCACUGGCCCAACACUGGUCUCCGCUUUGUGGUGAGAGGGCCAGUGACCAUUGAAAUUGAAUUCUGUGCCUGGGACCUGUUCCUGAACAGGACAUUCCCACAGCACAGCUGGAUGGUUGCAGGGCCUCUGUUUGACAUCAAGGCUGAGCCAGGAGCCGUGGCAGCUGUGUACCUCCCUCACUUUGUGGCCCUCCAAGGGAACUACGUGGACAUCCCCCUGUUCCAAGUGGCCCACUUCAAAGAAGAGGAGAUGCUCUUGGAGAAGCCAGCCAGGGUGGCGCCAUAUUACACCGUCCUGGAAAACCCCAGCUUCUCGCCCGUGGGAGUUCUACUGAGGGUGGUCCACGCUGCUCUGCGCUUCAUUCCCACCACUUCCACCGUGUUGCUCUACCAUCACCUCCAUCCUGAAGAAGUCACCUUCCACCUCUACCUGAUCCCCAGUGACUGCUCCGUUCCGAAGGCCAUAGAUGACGAAGAAAAGAAGUUCCACUUUGUGCGAAUACACAAGCCGCCCCCGCUGACCCCGCUUUACAUGGGCUCCCGCUACACUGUGUCUGGUUCGGAGAAGCUGGAAAUAAUGCCGGAGGAGCUAGAGCUCUGCUAUCGGAGCCCCAGAGAAUCCCAGCUGUUCUCUGAGUUCUGCGUUGGCCAUUUGAGGUCAAGGAUCAGGUUGCAAAUGAGAAACAAGAAAGAU